AUGCAAAAUGCUUUCGUCAAAGGCCGUCGUAUCGGUGACAACAUCCUUUUGGCACAGGAGCUGUUUAGUGGCUUCCAUCACGACCCUUACUUGCCAAAAUGUGCUAUUAAGGUGGAUUUCAGGAAAGCCUAUGACACCGUCGAUUGGGAAUUCCUCCGACUAGUCUUGCACGCUUUUGGGUUCCCGGUUGGCUUUAUCAACCUUAUUAUGACUUGUGUCACGACUCCUAAGUUUUCCAUCUCCAUCAACGGAGAGCUUCAUGGAUUUUUCGCUAGUGGUAGAGGACUGCGCCAAGGGGACCCAAUGUCGGCUUACUUGUUCACACUUGUAAUGGAGAUCUUCACUGGAAUUAUCAACCUCCAAACUCGACAGCCCGACUUCAAGUUCUAUUGGAGAUGUAAAGCCACUCGGCUUUCCCACCUCUUCUUCGCAGAUGAUGUACUUAUCUUCACCGAAGCUAAUAGUAACUCGGUUGCUCUUAUUAAAGCAGGACUGGAUAGGUUUUCCAAUUGGUCCGGACUUAGACCGAACAUGAGUAAAAGUGAACUCUUCUGCUCGGGUGGCUCACCCCAACUUCGGCACCACCUACUUUCUCCGAUGGGUUUUCGGGAAGGAGUUUUGCCCAUCCGUUAUUUGGGAGUUCCACUCAUAUCCAGCCGACUUAGCAAAGGAGAUUGCAUUUCUCUGGUUAAUAUUAUCACAGCUAGAGCUCGUUCGUGGACGCAGCGAUUCCUCUCCUUUGCGGGACGUCUCUUGCUAGUAAAGACUAUACUUCAUGCGACCCAGGUUUUUUGGGCUAGUGUCUUUAUUCUUCCAAAGUCUGUUUUGCUUCGUAUUGAGCAAAUUCUAAGGCAAUUCCUCCGGAAAGGCCCGGACCUAGGCACCGGAGGGGUGAAGGUGUCAUGGGAUAAGGCGUGUUUACCUAAAGAGGAGGGAGGCCUUGGCAUCCGGAGGCUCUCGGAUUGUAACAAAGCGGCAAUGCUUAAACAUAUAUGGAUCCUUUUCACGGAUAAAGAAUCCAUUUGGUGUAAGUGGAUACACUCGAACUUCCUCAAGUAUAAGAGCUUUUGGGUUGCUACGAGACCGACUCUUUGCUCUUGGUCUUGGAAAAAGAUCCUCGAUCUUAGAAAGGAUAGUGAGCAUCUCUUCCGCUGGCGGGUUGGCAGUGGUAAUAUAUCGUUCUGGUUUGAUUCAUGGCAUACGAAGGGUCCUUUAUACAAAUUGUUCUCCGACCUGGAUAUAUAUCGGUCCGGUAUAUCCCGAAAGGCCACGGUUCGGGAUUUCCUAACUACAACUCACUUCCCCUCGAGGGUGAACACCGUCAUGGGAGCUUGGUCCGACCCUAUGCCGUCCAUCACCCCCGAGAGCCAACAGGAUACCCUAAUCCGGCUCGGACAUUCCUCCGGUGUCUUCUCCUCGGCUUCGGCUUGGGAUCUUUUUCGGCGCAAGGGACAGGUCGUUCAAUGGCACUCGUUCAUAUGGGAUCGUCAUCUUGCCCCGCGGUAUUCCUUCAUUCUAUGGCUUAUUACCCUUAACGGACUACCCACCCAGGUCAUCCUCCUUGCCUAUCAUCGUAUUGCGGAAGGUCUAUGUGGUUUUUGUAAUUAUCGCCCUGACUCUAUUGACCAUUUAUUUUUUGGUUGUAGUAUUACAAAUGCCCUUGCUCUAUUUUGGUCGGCUAAGUGCAACUUUGCUUGGCAUAAUGCUUCUUGGCAAGACAACCUUAGGUGGGUGAUGAAGCACUUUCGGGGCCACCUCUUUUAUCAAUGCAUUGCAAGAUUCUCAUUUGGCGCUCUUUGCCACGUGAUGCGGACGGAACGGAAUCACAUCCUAUUCCGCAACAAGCAACUUAAUUUGACCGCCAUCAAGGAAUGUCUUCAAAAGGUGGUCAAGGAUAAGGCUACCACCUUCAGGCGUGUUGACGACAUCCCCGUAAAUCGAAGAAUACAGAUUUCUUGGGGCAUCUCCUCCGCGAUUUUUGAUUGA